UUUCAACCGCUACAACGCGGCAGGACACGGGGAAAAAGCACGUGAAAGGUUGAAUCCACACGGGAAACUCGCCAACCGUAUCGUGAUUCGUUAAACUUGUCCCGCGAUCGACGGAAAACUGAUUUAUCGCGAUGAAAUCCAUAUAAAAGCGAUGAAGAAACGAGGCAAUCAUGACAGCAAGGUUGGAAAGAAUCGACAAAACGAUGGAAACGUUACAGACGAUAAGAAGAAUGAUAAAAAGAACGACAAGAAGAAAGUAGUUUUAAACGAUGACGCUCAGAAUGAAGGUUUCGGCGAAUGGCUACGAUCUAGCGACGGUAUUGAAAUGAUGCGACUCUUCGUUAUAGCCAAUUCGAUUUUGAUCUUCGUGACAAUGGGAUUUCCAAAGAUGCAAGAGGCUUUCGUUAUAUUCAAAGAAUACUUCUACGGUGAAGGAUAA